AUGCCUCCCGAACCAAAUCAGGCGCACAUCGCGGCGCCGCCUCGUCAAGCGCUCGGCAGAACUGCAUCCGACGGCACCACCUCCCAAGCUCCCACCUCCGACGCAACCCGGGAUGACGCCUACAUCGCCAAACUCAACAAGUGGUGGACCGACGAAGAGGAAUCCUCCAUCCGGCGCAAACUUGAUGUGCGCAUCGUCACCGUCUCCUUCCUCCUCUAUCUCGUCGCUCUUCUCGACAGAAGCGGCAUCGGCAACGCCAAAACCGCCGGACUCGAAAAGUCACUCCGCAUGAGCGACUCGCAGUUUCAGUGGCUCCUCACCAUCUUCUACAUCGCCUACAUUCUCUUUCAGUUCCAGGUGGUGAUGUACAAGCUGCUGCCACCGCGGAUCUGGGUGACGUUCUGCGUGUUUGUCUGGGGCGUAGCGGGUGUUUGUCAAGCAGCAACGACGAGUUGGUCGGGGAUGAUGGCGGCACGGUUCUUUUUGGCUGUCUCGGAAGCAGGGUAUGGUACUGGAUUCGCGCUGUACCUGAGCUUCUUCUACCCCAAAACGGAGACCGGGUUGAGGUUCGGAUGGUUCAUCUCGGCGGGGGCGAUUUCGAGUGCGAUCGCAGGCGCGAUAGCGUAUGGAUUGGUUCAUGCGAAGACGAGUGUCGAACCGUGGCGGCUGCUUUUCCUCAUAGAAGGUGUGCCGACACUCAUCAUGGCGCCGGCGGCGUACUUCUUCCUGCCGAAUUCGAUUCAGUCGGCCAAGUUCUUGACGCCGAGGGAGAAGCAGAUCGCCGAAGCGAGGCUGUUCCGCCCCCCUCCCUCGGCAGCCUUGCAGAUCAAAGAAGCUCAUCCCUUCAGCUGGCACUCGAUCAAACAGCAACUCAACCUCUCCCAAGCAGCAGCCGCAUUUACCGAUCCCAUGUCGUACAUCACCGCCGCGCUCUUCUUCAUCAUCAACGUCGGCUACUCCUCCGUGCCCGUCUACACGCCCACGCUCAUCUCCGAAAUGGGUUUCGGCUCGAUCAAAGCCCAAGGCCUCUCCGCACCACCUUACGUGCUCGCCUUCAUCCUCAGCCUCUUCUUCUGCUGGCUCACCGACCGACUCCAGAUCCGCGGACCCAUCUGCACCGUCCUCCUCAUCAUCGGUGCCAUCGGCUACCUCAUGCUGACAACCCUCCGAUCGACCGCUGCGAGAUACGUCGGCAUCUGGUUGGUCAUCAACGGACUGUUCCCCUUCAUCCCGAUCCUGUACAUGUGGUUGAUGGACAACCAGGCGAGCGAGUCCAAGAAGGGCUUGGGGUUGGUCAUCUUUGCCACGAUAGGUCAGUGCGGACCGUUGUUGGGAACGCAUCUGUUUCCGGCGAGCGAGGCACCGUAUUACGUGAGGGGAACGGCGGUUAGUGCAGGGUUGCUGUUGUUUGGUGUGCUGGUGUCGGCGGGGUUGAGUGUGAGGUUUUGGAGCGUUAACAGGAGGAGAGAUAGGAGGGAUGCGACGGUGGAACAGGGAGGUGAGAAUGUGGAGGCGAAGGGAGAUGUGAAGUAUGACGGAAAAGCAAGGUCGUACGGUGGAGAGCUGGAAGGAUCGAUGACCGAGGCGGACAGGAGGAAGAUCGACGUGCUGUUGCAUGGCGAAGAGUCACCGUAUUUCCGUUACACCAUCUGA